AUGAAUCAAAUAUCGGAUAUCGUGUCUUUUCACUUAGAUUGCCAGACAAGGUUCGACGUACGGUUAACGAUGGGAAGUUCAAACUAUCCACCAAAUCACGCCUACAAUAACGUCGCGAAUUUUGAGGACAGCCUGGAAGCCAUAGAUACCUUCAAGAGGGAAAGGAGAUUCUGUAAUACCGCCGCUUAUGAUACGGGAGCUAAUGGCGGUCACGAUCGCGAGCUCCCUGUGACGGAGUUCGGAUAUUCUAACAACGGUUAUUGCCAGAAAAAAUCGAGCUACUUCGAUAUGGACAAUAAUGCCAUCGUUCUGGAGACCGGAGAAGUUAGACCGGUUGCUAACGCCAACACGGAAUUUAGGUUGUACGAUAGCCAUAAUGGCGACUCGUCUAAUGGACACAAUUUUAAUGAUCAAACGACAGAUUACUACAAUAAUAAUCAGAGAAAUCUCCAGAUUUUCAAUAAUGAUCAUUGUAUGUAUUCAAAUAAUUCCCGCGAAGAAAUCUUCAAGCCGCGGCGUAAAAAGGAAAUCGUCGAAAGAUCCGAAAAGAAUCGCUAUCCUAGGUCUAUCAUGUCUCAUCCGAGGAAAUACGCCAAAAUUAAUACGCCCAUCCUCUUCUCAGCUAUUGUCGCUAAAUACUCCUACCACUUUCAGAAGUUAAAACCUAACUAUCCUUCUUCGAGAACUUCGAAUUCUCAGGAUUCGGAUUUCAAAAACGAGGUGUCAAAUAUUGAUCCCGCACCAUUCCUAAACAACAAGAUUAGUAAUCUCAAUAGUUCAGAGCUGCCCCUUAACAUCUAUGCCGAUCCUAAUAAAAAAAAAAUAUUCAAUCCCGCUUCAAAUCAUCUUGACUUGAAACCCCAAACUGGAACUUUAAAAACGCGUAAAAAGGAUUCGAUACCUUCUUCCUUCAAUCCCGACUUCAAAUGCAGUCACCCGGGUUGCUUAAAGACUUACUCGAAGAUAUCCCAUUUGCGGGCCCAUUCCAGAGUUCACACUGGGGAAAAGCCAUAUUCUUGCGAUUGGAAUGGUUGUGGUUGGAAAUUCGCGAGAUCGGAUGAGCUUACGAGGCACUUUAGGAAACACACGGGAGACAAGCCUUUCAAGUGCAGCGUGUGCCUAAGAGCUUUCGCGCGUAGCGACCACUUAUCCCUUCAUAUUAAAAGGCACAAAUUCUGA